GCAAUGGAAUUUUCAUUUCUAAACAAGGCGAACUUCGACAAGGACUGCAUCUACAACGCCAAUACGGAUUUUUAUAAUAAUAAUACAAAUGGAGGACUCUCCGUAGCUAAUCACAUGAAUCAUUAUAAUUUAAUGAUUGACUCGAGCUACAAGCUAUGUGCCAACGAGACUGCAAUGAGGAGUUCAUUAAAUCAAGAAUCGAGCUUACUAUUUUCGAAAAUAACAACUGUUUCGGAAUUCUACCCUUCGACACAUAACAUUGCGUCCUAUAACUCCGAUUUUCAUUUAAAGGCGUAUGAUGAUGGAUUGAGCUUGACUGAUAAAUCUAAACAGAGACGGAUUCGAACAACUUUUACUUCCAAUCAGCUAAAUGAAUUGGAAAAAAUAUUCUUAGAGACCCAUUAUCCUGAUAUUUACACAAGAGAGGAGAUUGCAUCGAAACUACACUUGACAGAAGCAAGAGUUCAGGUAUGGUUUCAAAAUAGAAGAGCAAAAUUUCGAAAGCAAGAACGACAUGCUAUUUACAUUAUGAAAGAUAAGUCUGUUAAAAUGGAUAGCCGCAAAAACUCUGCAUCCGGCUCUAAAUAUCUGAAUCCGGCAGUGAAAGGACCUCAAAAUUCGCGCCAGAUGAAAUGCCUGUAUGAUCAAAUAUAGGA